GCCGGUUGCUGGGGUGAUGGCCUUCAAGGUCUCUCCCCACAGAGGCCCCAGAAGGCUGGGGAGGCAACAUGGUCGGCUCUGGGAUCCCAGCUUUGGGUCUCCUCCUGCUCAUGCAGGGCUCAGCAGACGGGAAUGGAAUCCAGGGAUUCUUCUAUCCAUGGAGUUGUGAAGGAGACGUGUGGGACCGGGAGAGUUGCGGGGGCCAGGCGGCAAUCGAGAACCCCAAUCUCUGCCUGCGUCUCCGAUGCUGCUACCGCGACGGGGUCUGCUACCACCAGCGUCCGGAUGAGAACAUGCGGCGGAAGCACAUGUGGGCGCUGGGCUGGACGUGCGGAGGCCUCCUCUUCCUCAUCACCAGCAUCUGCCUGUUCUGGUGGGCCAGGCGACACGACAUGCUGCGGCUGCCCUGGUUCCUGAAGGGCAAGUGCGACCUGUCCAGGACGGUCUCUUUGUUGUCCAAGGACCGGACUCCGAGCGAAAAGAAGACGCCCUCUGUCGGCAGCAUCCCCCCCGCCGCGCCAACGGAGGGGGCCCUGGAUGUCUCGGGGGGCACCGAGGGGGAGGGGACGGAAGGCGGCGAAGAAACGGAAGGGGGGGACGAAGAUGAUUAGGGGCGCCCCCUGGAGGGGCCCCUCAAUACAGACGUAGC